UUUGGAAUCUGUGCCUCUCCUGCAGAAAGUUGAGUCGCUGGUGUUUCUGUGAACCAUCAAGGAAUAUUUUCUGUCGGUCUGGACGUCAUAGGAGCCGAACCUACCAUUGCUUGAUAGGAUUUUUCCAGUGCAAGAUCCCUGCUGCCUUUAAACCGAGGAUAUUAAUUUGGGGAUUCUCGCAAAAAUAAAAUAAACGUGAAGAUGGCACAUUUUAAUAAGGGGCCAGCCUACGGAUUGUCCGCUGAAGUGAGGAGCAAAAUUGCUCAGAAAUACGACACACAGAAGGAAGAAGAGCUUCGCUUUUGGAUUGAGGAGGUAACAGGAAUGUCUAUCGGAGAGAACUUUCAGAAAGGUUUGAAAGAUGGAGUCAUCCUCUGCGAACUGAUUAAUAAGCUUCAGCCUGGUUCUGUUAAGAAAAUCAACCUCUCACAACUGAACUGGCAUAAGCUGGAGAACCUUGGGAAUUUCAUCAAAGCUAUUCUGAACUAUGGCCUAAAGCCCAAUGACAUCUUCGAGGCCAAUGACCUGUUUGAAAAUGGAAACAUGACUCAAGUCCAGACCACACUGCUUGCACUAGCCAGCAUGGCCAAGACAAAAGGUAUGGAUACCAAGAUUGAUAUUGGGGUGAAAUAUGCAGACAAACAAGCUCGACAUUUUGACAGUGAGAAGAUCAAGGCUGGGCAAUGUGUCAUUGGACUACAGAUGGGGACAAACAAGUGCGCAAGUCAGGCUGGAAUGACAGCUUAUGGAACCCGAAGACAUCUUUAUGAUCCAAAGACUCAGACUGACAAACCAUACGACCAGACCACUAUCAGUCUGCAGAUGGGAACCAACAAAGGAGCCAGCCAGGCGGGCAUGCCAGCUCCUGGUACCCGCAGGGACAUCUUUGACCAGAAGGUGGCCCUGCAGCCUGUGGACAAUUCCACCAUUUCCCUCCAAAUGGGUACUAACAAAGUGGCAUCUCAGCGGGGCAUGAGCGUGUACGGUCUUGGUCGUCAGGUCUACGACCCCAAGUAUUGUGCCCCUCCAACGGAGCCCGUCAUCCACACGAACGGCAGCCAGGGCACUGGCACCAACGGGUCGGAGAUCAGCGAUAGUGAUUAUCAGGCUGAAUUCCAGGAGGAUGAGUACCAUGGACGUUACCAUGAGGACUACAGCUCCAAUUACAAUGAUCAGGGUAUUGACUAUUAGUGAAAACCUCCUACAAAGCAGUAUUAGAAGCAAAGAAGUAUAUACCAUCAACUGCAGAAAUGAGCAAAUCUUUUGCUUUCAAAACUAAUGUUCUUGUCUUGAAGCAUACAAUGUUUUCUUGAGUGCUUUCUUUUUUCACUUUUACUCUUUGAUCUGAAAAAAGAUUGUUGUAAGAAGUUAUCGUAGCGUAGAAGAAUGAGACGCAGGCUUACAGCAAAAGUGCCUUCAAGCGUAAAUAGUCUUCUUUUUAGUAUUCUUUUUAUUAUGUCUCAAUAAUGGAACAUGUAAUAAGUGGUACCUUUGUGACUUGAUUACAUAGCAUCAGUUGAGACUGCUGCAUUCCAGGGUGUGUUCCUGGAGCAAAACUCUGCUCAACGUGAAAGGAAUCCCCAUGUGUACUCCUUAGCAAUGGGCUAUUUAAAAAGGGCCAAUCUCCUGUUUUUUUCUGCUUUUAUGCAUAUACCUAGCCACAGAUUUUGUCACUGGUCUACCUAUGUAUAUAAAUUUAUAUAUUUACAUUUAAUCACGAGUCUUUUUUUUUUCCAAUCCUCAACUAACCCUUUUUUAUAGCCAUGCCUCCUCAUUCCAUUACUUGACAUAAAUUUUACAUAUUUCCCCUUUCAUUCCAAAACUGUAUUUAUUGCAAUGAGACAUCGUAAAACAGUUCACUGUCAUAUGAUUUGUAAAAAAAAAGGAUAUGUUAUGAAUAAAGC